CGGGUAAUAUGUACUACAUGAGCUGUUUUCGGCGGCCAUGAUGGAUCCGAGAAAUCGAGAUCCCAACAAGAAAAUACGCGUAAAUUCGUCUUAAAAGGCGAUUUUAUACACCAAUAACCUCACAAUGUUUUAGAUCGACACCCCUAAUUUCCACUUCGAAGAAAAUUGAUCGACUGCGCUGUUAGUGCAGGGUUGUAAAUUGCAAGUUUGAGCGCCGCACGUCGGGUGAGAAAGUACCAAGAUGAGUAAAUUGUCAUUCAGGGCUCGGCAGCUCGACUCCAAUAAGGCCCUGCCGGUCUACCAAGCCGAGGAACUGCCGGACCUGACGGAAUUCACCACCAUCAACCGCGCAGUUCCUCAGAUGCCGACCGGAAUGGAGAAAGAGGAGGAAUCGGAACACCAUCUACAACGAGCCAUAUCUGCACAACAAGUUUAUGGAGAUACACAACAGCUUGUAAUUCCUACUCCGGAAAGUGAAGAAAUGAAAAAUGUGCCCAAUCUAUACAAAGCAUCAUUCAAACAACCAAAGCAGUAUAUCCAUGUACAAGCUUGUGGCCUGGAGGAAGACGUUCCUGAUUAUGAUCUUGACUCGGAGGAUGAAGAGUGGCUCAAGAAUUUUAACAAGAAAAAGGAAAUGAUCACACACCUCAAGUUUGAAGAAAUGAUUGACACUCUUGAGAAAGGAAUGGGUGCUCAAGCAAUGACUUACAAUGAAGCCAAAUCUCUCCUGAAAAGCUCUGAAGACCUAAUGAAGCCUGUGUUUGAGUAUUGGUCAAAGAAAAGACAAAAACUUUCGGACCCAGCAAUCUGUCUAAUACCGCAAGUAAGAGCUGAAAAGAGAGAUGGCACCUCAGUCAGCGACCCCUAUGUUGCAUUUCGUAGAAGAACAGAAAAAAUGCAAACUAGGAAGAAUCGCAAAAAUGAUGAGGCAGGAUAUGAGAGGAUGCUCAAGUUAAGGCGGGACCUCAAGAGAGCAUGCACUAUCCUUGAUAUGGUAAAGAGAAGAGAGCAGACAAAAAAGGACAUGCUGGCCUUGACUGUGGAGAUAUUUGAAAAACGCUAUGCUGCCGGUGACUUCACGGGACAGAUUCUACAGCAGUGUCUUGACCUGAUUCGCUAUCAGCCACCAGCCAACAACCUCUCUGUACCCGUCUCCAGUGUUCAUGGAGAAAACCUUACUCCUGGCUCCAACACCGAGGGUGGUAAAGACAUUGAAAUUUGGAAGAAACGGAAACAAGAGGAGAGAGCUAGACUUCAUAAGAAUGACAACUACUAUCUUGAAGCAGGCUUCAAGAGGUACAAAAGUGGAAGAAUGGCUCAUGUUCAUUCUGAAGGACAAGCCAUUUUCAGUGAGAAUGAAGAUGACCUUGGCCCUCUUUCACCCACUUUGAUGGAGCUUCCAUCAGAGCCUGAAGAAGAUGAGGACAACCCAGAUGGUCGUUUUGCUUUCAAAAGGAAAAAGGGUGUCAAAUACUUACCGCCACGAUUUGAUUCUCCGAUGCCAUAUCCAUGGUCUGACCCUUCAGAAGGAGGCCUUGGUGAUAAGAGAUUUAGAUAUAGUUGCACUUCGAUAUCAUCGCCAAAGAGACUGAUAGGAUUCGCACGCCGCAGAGUAGGCAGAGGAGGAAGGAUCUACUUUGAUCGUGCCUGGACUCCACUUUCUGAAAACUUAGAUGAUCUAGAGUCCUUACUGAAUGCCUCAUCGUCAUCAACACUCAAUUUACCUAAUGGGCUUUUUCCUUACGACCAUUUGACUGGCUGGAAAAAACUAACCAUACCGCAUUAUCGUCCGAAAUCGCCCACAAGAACGCCGACAUCACAAGCGGAAUUAUCUACAUCGAACAAUCAUGACUUAAACUCUGACGUUACAAGCAGCGGUCAACCGCGACCAAGACUGCAUAGGAGCUUCUCUUCACAGCCACGCUCUAAAUUCUCACUAAACACAUCCCCUAGCAAUGGCAAAGUCGGUUUAAAUUUAUCUACUGCAAGUCGACAUUCUUUGCCUAAUGGACCAAUUGCGGGUCAAACACAAAGUACUUUAACCUCGUAUGGGGCAUGGACGAGUAACCAAUCUGGUGGAACUCCCACCAAGAGCGCCUAUUCCACUGCACCCAUGAAAGCUGUCUAUGCCUUGAACUUUCCUCUCAAUUCAAGCACUUCUAGUCAGUUAUUGUCGAAUAGUCUUGUACGUGGGAAUGCACCAUUUUCGCCGACGGCGGUCAACGCACCUGGCGGCACAAACGCGCUGAAAUCCACAAGUCUCUCCAAUAUCAGCAUCAGUCUAAGCGAAAUUGAAUCCGCCAAAACGGACGCGCUACAUCGUCAAAACAGCCUCGAUGCGAUCGAGGCGACGUGAGGGUCGCUUUCUACCAUACUAUACAGACAUACUUAUGUUUGUCUGUGAAGUAGAUCAAUCCAGUAGAUGUCCAGGAAUAUCCAUCCAUACAGUGCCUGGUGGACCCCUCCUCACCCAGCCGUGCGCGCUUUGUGAAUAGUAUUUAUAUGAAUGAAUUUCGGCUGGCUGGCAGAUGGGGUAUGGAAUUCCGGGGAAGUGUUUCGCCAGCUCUCAUCUGUUAACAGUUAAACUGUCCUAAAUACGACCCACCUCCUCCCCUAUUUCGGUACAUAAACAUUUUUAUGAUCAGGCUGUUAUUUUACCUAACAAAUGGGUCGAGGUUCUUUGGGAAACACCCUAGUAGCAGUAUGGGCAUCAACGAAUUAGACCUCGCCUCGCAAUUUCAUGUGAUUAGAUUUUAUAAAACGAUUGAAAAUGCGGCCGGAUGCCCCGCAUUUGAUUGUUUUUUUUUUUGCUGGUAUUUCAUACUCUGCAAACGUAUUUGUGUACAAAUAAAUCAUCUCAUUAAAAAAGUGAACCGCGA